AGGAAGGCCUCGACUCUAUCUUCAACGGGCACCACUCGACAGCCUCCGAGCACCGCGAGCCGCCGCCAUGCCUCGACGUGCAGUUUCGCCCGCGGCUUCGGAGCCUGAGCUCGAUAUUUUGGGGUCUCUCUACCCCGGGGAAGACGACAAUGGCGCUCACGCUUCUGCGCCCAACGGCGAGCUGGACAUAGAUGGCAUCUUGAACGGCCCCGAGCUCGCAGAAGAUGGCGAUGACGAGGCUUUCAUUGCGCUACAACAGGCGGCUUCAUAUCGCAAGAACUCGAACCUCAAGGGGCGCACAGUGAAGAAGGGCGGCGGCUUUCAGGCGAUGGGCCUAAAUGCCAAUCUGCUGAAAGCCAUCACACGAAAGGGCUUCUCCGUUCCUACACCCAUCCAGAGAAAAACAAUACCGCUAGUUCUCGACAGGAAAGACGUCGUGGGCAUGGCGCGGACAGGCUCCGGCAAGACGGCGGCCUUCGUCAUACCCAUGAUUGAGCGCCUGCGCGCACAUAGUGGCCGCUUCGGCAGCCGGGCUCUUAUUCUCUCGCCGUCGCGCGAGCUGGCCAUUCAGACGCUCAAGGUUGUCAAGGAGUUUGGCCGCGGUACUGACCUCAAGGCCGUGCUCCUAGUCGGUGGUGACAGCCUUGAAGAGCAGUUUGGCUCCAUGACUGCCAACCCUGACAUUGUCAUUGCCACACCCGGUCGUUUCCUGCAUCUCAAAGUCGAAAUGGGCUUGGACUUGAGUUCCAUCCAAUACGUGGUUUUCGAUGAGGCAGACCGGCUCUUUGAGAUGGGUUUCGCGGCGCAGCUGACCGAGAUCCUGCACGCCCUGCCCCCUUCGAGGCAGACUUUACUCUUUUCAGCGACGCUGCCUGCAUCGCUAGUGGAAUUCGCGCGCGCCGGCCUACAAGACCCGAGCCUAGUCCGUCUUGACGCUGAAACAAAGGUGUCUCCAGACCUGCAGAGUGCCUUCUUCUCGGUCAAGGGAGCUGAGAAGGAAGGCUCGUUGCUUCAUAUUCUCCAUGACGUUAUCAAGGUUCCUGUUGGAGUCCCCAAGCGAGCGCAGCAGGAGAACGACAAGGCAUCAAAGAAGCGAAAGCGAGGGCCUGAGGGCCCUGGCAAGCCGACAGAACACUCGACCAUUAUCUUCACGGCCACGAAGCACCACGUCGAAUACCUUGCAAACCUGUUGCAGCAUGCCGGCUUCGCAGUAUCGCACGUUUACGGCUCCCUGGAUCAGUUGGCCCGCCGGAUACAAGUGGAAGACUUUAGGGGAGGCAAAACGAAUAUUCUUGUUGUCACUGACGUUGCAGCUCGAGGUAUUGAUAUCCCCGUCCUGGCGAAUGUCAUCAACUUUGACUUUCCGCCCCAGCCCAAGGUAUUUGUUCAUCGAGUUGGUCGAACAGCCCGCGCGGGUCAGAAGGGUUGGAGUUACAGCCUCGUCAGAGAUAUUGAUGCACCGUAUCUUCUCGACUUGCAAUUAUUCCUGGGCAAGAAGCUGGUUAUUGGGCAAGACGGCAGCGAUGCUUCCUUUGCCCAAGACGUGGUGGUGGGGGCUUUAAAACGAGACGCCAUGGAGACGCACGUCGAGUGGAUGAACAGGGUCCUUGAUGAGCAAGAGGACAUUGACGCACUGCGAAAGGUGGCGGCAAAGGCGGAGAAGCUCUACAUGAAAACUCGAAACUCAGCGUCGAGCCAAAGUGCGAAGCGCGCCAGAGAAGUCGUCGCGUCCGAUGGCUGGAUGCAGCUACAUCAACUCUUUGGAGAAGACGUCGAUGGCCAAGAGCAAGCUCGUACCGCCAUGCUGGCCAAGAUCAGCGGGUUUAAGCCUCAAGAGACUAUCUUUGAGGUCGGUCAUGCCGACAAGGGAACUUCUGAGGCAGCAGAGGUGAUGAAGCAACUGAGGAAACGAAUCACCCCUAGAAACAGGCAGGCGAAACCAACAGCCGAGGAUGUGGAUGACGAGGGCUUCGAGGGCGUGGAGGACGGCAACGCGAUGGAUGUCGAUUCAGGCGACAAUGAGUCUGAUGAUGCCCCGUCAGCUCACAACUCAGCCCCAGACAACGACGACGACGACUUGGAGGUGACCGUCACUAACACGGGCGGCAAGAGGAAGGGAAAGACGGAUUGGCGCGACUCGGACGUAUUCAUGUCCUACACGCCCCGGACCAUCAACGCCGCUGAGGAACGCGGCUACGGCGUUCACUCAGGCGGCGCCGGAUCCAGCUUCGUCGAAGCCGCGCGCGACGCCACCAUGGACCUUGGCAACGACGAGUCUUCCAAGUCAUUUGGCGCGCCGGCACGCGCCAAGAUGCGCUGGGACAAGAAGGCCAAGAAGUACGUCUCGCGCGACAACGACGAGGACGGCUCCAAGGGCGCCAAGAUGAUUACGGGCGAGAGCGGCGUCAAGAUCGCCGCCUCCUUCCAGAGCGGCCGCUUCGACAGGUGGAAGCGCGCCCAGCGCAUGGGCCGCGGGCCGCGCGUCGGCGAGCAGGAGCGCCCUGGCGCGGUGCAGGGCAUCCCCUCGGGGCAGCGCUUCCGCCACAAGCAGGAGAAGGCCCCCAAGGAGGCGGACAAGUUCCGCGACGACUUCAAGGUCCGCAAGAAGAGGGUCGACGAGGCACGCGAGAAGCGCGUCGGUCGCUUCCGCGACGGCAUGGGCAGCAAGAAGGAGCUCAAGGGUCUGCACGACAUCCGCAAGGCGAGGGAGGAGCAGGAGAAGCGGCGAGCCAAGAACGCGAGGCCCUCGAAGAAGAAGUAGCGCGCAGUACCCGCUCAAGUACCGUCAUAGCGUUCACAGUGAAUUAUCUUCGUUCAGCGUCCCUCUCAACUCACCACGGUGCCGUGACAGUCCCACACGUUCGUCCGACCUGCCCGACAUAGUUGCAAAUUACACGGGUCACCAUGGCAAUUCCAAGGCAUCAAUGCAAAGCAACUAUACGACAGUUGUCAUAUCUAUACCGAGUAAAGCCCAAUGGUGCGCAAUCCCUAAUACACCUUCUUCGGUCCUGCUCUGUCCAUCCAUAUCCAGAGCAACCUCAAAGCCAGCCGCCAUGCAGUCCUUGGACUGCGAAGAUGGAGCCAGAAUAUAUAUUAAGCAUCUAGUAAAGAGC